AUGGGCACCCUGGAGGACCCUUCUUUGUCGCUCCAGGAACUAGACCCGGCGCCGGAUGAAGCUUUACUUUCUGCCUUAGAAGAUGGACUAUAUGCCCCACAAACGCAGACGCAGACACCAGGUGUGCAAAGUAACGGGAAAUCAACUGGUGCAAGGUUGGGCUUGAGCGGCCAUAGCUGCGAUUAUUGGUUGUCGCGGAUCCAGAGAUACUCCACCUAUCCCCCUUCGAUAUUUUUCGGCUUACACUUACUCAACACUUCUUUAAUCCCUUUGGCUACUCAAUCUGUUGCGGCAAGCGAAACCUACCUGCUUCUUACGCGCCCGAUCUACCAGGCCCCAGCCCUCGAGCCCUUGUUACUUACCAUCCCUAUCGCCGCACACGUUGUUUCGAGUAUCUCCCUUCGAUUUCUUCGCAACUCAAGACGAGCGAGACUAUAUGGCGCUGAAACGCGUCAGCAGCGAAAGGCAUUGAAAGCCGCGAAUCGUAUUAGCCGGCAAGCAAUACUGGGGUAUCUUUUGCUCCCAUUUCUCGGAGUUCAUGUUCUCAUCAACCGUAUUGGACCUUGGUACGUUGACGGAGGUAGCUCUAGUGUUGGUUUGGGCUAUGUCUCCCAUGGGUUUGCUAAAUCGCCGUGGACUAUUGGGGCUUGGUAUAUUGCCUUUGUUGGAAUAGGAGUAUGGCAUUUUGUUUCUGGCUGGGCAUGGUGGACGGGCUGGAGAGAAACCCCAGGCCUAACCCGAGAAGCGGAAAAACGCCUCGGGGCGACCGCAGGCUGCCUUGGAAACCCAUCAGAGGUACAGGCGCUACGCAAACGUAAAUGGCGAAGACGAAUCAUAACCAGUGCUGCGUGUUUCGGAACCGCGUUGUGGCUGGCUGGAGGACUGGGAGUCGUUGGAAACGGGGGCGUCGGGGUUGGGUGGGAGGCGAAGACGUGGGAUCAAAUAUACUCCCAAAUACCCAUUCUAGGACCCUAUUUGGGUGGCUGA